AACCACUGGACUGAUAUGGCAUGUAAACAGACCUUUAUCAUUGUGUGGGAGGAACCAUUUGUACAUUUGUCUAAGGAAGUGAUUCUUGUCAAAGUAGCAGUUUCGGUGGUUUUUGCACAUGAUCUGUCAUUUAAACAACAGAUUCCAGUCACGGUUCGAUGCUGCUUCAUUGUAUUACUUCUACAUCUAACAGGCAAAGUCUCUCUGCAGGACUCUCCAGACAAAUUUGAGUGUGUGGUUGGAGACUCCGUCACCUUACCGUGCUUGUAUGAGAAUAAACAAAGUAAUGUAUUUUGGCGACACAAUGUGAGAAGGAACGUGUUAAAUAUUAUAAAUGGCCAACCCUCACUACAAAAACAGGACACAAUAUUCCAGAAUCGAGCGGAAAGUUUCCCUUCAGAGUAUGUAAACGGAAACUAUUCAAUUACGCUGAAAAAUCUGGAGUUAAUUCAUGCAGGAAACUACACUUGCUUUAUUCAAGAAUCAAAUGAGGAAAAGAAGCUACAGCUUUAUGUCAAAGAAAAGCCUGAAGAACCAGCUCAGAGACAAAGAAACUCGUCCAUGGAAACACAAUCAAGGAAGAUUAUGACUUUUCUAACUGCUCUAUUGGGAUUUACUCUGCACUUUAUCUGAGUUUUGCUUCAAGUGGCGGUUACAUUUUAUCAUAGUUUUCCAAAGUCAGUGGUAAGCAAGUUUAGAAUGUGUACAAACAGAGUUCAUGCAGACGGAUGUAGAUGCAAUUCAUGCAAACAAAUGAAUUUCAUUAUUACUUGUGCUCCAUUAAACAUGAUCUCCAAACUUUACUUAAAACUUGUUGUGGCCUUCCUUGUUCAUAAAGCCUUUUGAACAGCAUAAGAUUUAAAUCCACCUUGCGAGCUACUCUGCUGUACGGUCAAAACACUUUGUGUUUCCCAAUUACCAACACACACACUUGUGCUCUAAUUAUACACAGCCACUGCACCACCCAGUGGACAAAACUUUACCACACAACUAAUGGCUCCUACACAUUUGAUAACAUUUAGUGACAGUGACCAGUUGUGUUUGCUGUUGACACUAAUAUUCUCAAUCUGAAUCAGUUCUAUUUAACACUGCUGAAGGAAUUGCUUGUUUGGUCAUUAUAUUUUUCAUACUUAUGUUUGGAGCAGUGGAUCACAAUGCAGACACUCUGGACUCUUUUGACAUAUGAAACAUCAUCAUUUGUAUUAUACUGUAUCUACGGAAAAAAUGCUCCCAAGUUUGUGUGCAUUAACAUGAAUGGCUAUAACUGUACAGAGUUUUCAAACCCAAAGUUGAAUUUUUGGUCAUUUAAUGUGUAAAAAAAAAAGCCUGUUACCCAUUGUUGUGUGGCUGAUUGUUUUGGCGUUUAAAUGUGUGUGUGUGUAUUUAUAUUUUCUGUUUUAUAUUUGUAUAAUGAUAUACUUUGAUAUAAUACAGCCUGCUCCAUAUGAUGUUAAUUGGAAAACUAAAUAAAUAAGUGCUGUGCAAUCAUGA